CGCGUCCGACGUGUCCUUGGAAACUCCGCGCGUCUCUCGAGCGCGCAACACGGGUUCAGUCCUGAAGCACAACGCGCGCGUGGAGGAGUGGAAGAGUGGAAGAGUGAUGGAGGCUGAGGUUCGAGAUCACCAUGAAUGACAAAUACCACAAGGCAGCUCGGGAUGGCUACCUCGACCUGCUGAAGGAAGCGACGCGCAAGGACCUGAACGCGCCGGACGAGGAUGGCAUGACGCCCACGCUUUGGGCCGCGUACCACGGCAACCUCGACGCGCUGCGGAUGAUCGUCGCGAGAGGGGGGAACCCAGACAAGUGUGACAUAUGGGGGAACACGCCACUCCACCUGGCCGCCUCCAAUGGCCAUCUCAACUGCCUGUCCUUCCUGGUGUCGUUUGGUGCCAAUGUGUGGUGCCUGGACAACGAUUACCACACGCCUUUGGACAUGGCCGCCACCAAGAACCACAUGGAUAGUGUGCGCUAUCUGGACUCCAUCGCUGCCAAGCAGACGGCGCUCAACCCCAAGCUGGUGAGCAAACUGAAGGACCGGGCUUUCCGUGAUGCCGAACGGCGCAUCAAGGAGUGUGUUAAACUGCAGCAGAAGCACCGGCGGCGUAUGGAGCGUAAGUUUCAGAGAGAGACAAACGAAGCAUCAGUCUCGGACGCCAUGAGCUUCUCCAGCUACGCCAGCAGCACCUUGAGUCGCAAGCUACACCACUUCAACACCGCCACUAAUGUGCCAUACUCCCAGGCUACUCUCCACGCCACAGCCAGGGGCAAAACUAAAAUCCAGAGGAAGCUUGACAAGAAGAAGCAAGGUGACGGGACAUUCAAGAUUUACGAAGAUGGCAGGAAGAGUGUCCGCUCUUUGUCCGGCCUGCAACUAGGCAACGACGUCAUGUUUCUGAAGCAGGGCACGUACGUCAACCCUAAGGACCGGUCUCGUCGCAACAUACGCGACAUGUUCCCCAACGACAACGACGACGCCGUCUCGCGUGCCAUCAGUGAACCCGACCUGCAUGGUCAAGAUGUGGACUACUCAGAGAUCAGCACCGACUCAGGACACGACUCGCUCUUUAACCGUCCCGGUUUGGGAACCAUGGUUUUCCGGAGAAACUACGUUAGCGGUGGACUUUUUGGCAUUGGUAGCAGAGAUGAAGGCAGUCUUGCAGGCAGCGAUCGGGUCGAUAAUGUGCGCCUUCGCAGUCGAAUGCAUCGCGCACCCAGUUUAGAUGACGAUAGCAUUGGUAGCGCCCAUAGCUUGCAAGAGAGGAACGUGCAAGAGCUGCCUUGGGACGAGGUUGAGCUUGGACUGGAUGACGAUGACGAGCCGGAAACAAGCCCACUGGAAGUGUUCCUGGCCACACAGAACAUGAACGAGUUCAUUCCCAUCUUCAAAAGAGAAAAGAUCGACCUGGAUGCCUUGUUGCUGUGCUCCGAUGCCGACCUCAAGAGCAUUCACAUCCCGUUGGGACCCCGGAAGAAGAUCAUAGACGCAUGCCAGCGCCGACUGGAGGCCAUCGAGGAGCCAGGUUGCAUAGAAGACACUGAGUUGUGAAGUUCCUCCAUUACAGUCUGUUUUUACCUCAAUGAAUGUUUAAAGUUGAAGAAUUGGUAAGAGUUUACAGAACCAUUGUACCAAUUUUUUUUUUCUUUGAAGAUGGGAAAAGUUACUUUGUCAACAUUUGGCCAAUGAAGAAACAGUGCAGCAGAGAUGCUAAAGAAAGAGAAGCCUAAACUAAGGGUGUGUUUACAUGACAACGAUAUGCUUAAAACGGAGAAGUUUUUCCUUUGAGUUUUCCGCGUACAGACGACACCAUUGUCAAAACGAUCCCCAUUCACACGGAUCCACGAAAACGUCUAAAAGCGCUAUUUUCUGCUGC